AACUUUUAUUUUGAAAAUAAUAAGAGUCCUCGGUUCCGGAGGCACACAAACACAGGGCACUCACGUUGCUUUUUUGCAAUGGACACCGUACAUGCUUGUUUCAAAGAGAAAAUCGGUGAAGUGCUUUUACCCGGAGAUGUGUUCUCCUUCAGACUGCCUGAAUCUGGAGAUGGUACUAUCAAAACCGACAAAAUAAUAUGCGGUCCAGGGCUCCGGAGAAACGGGGAGGAAGUUCAAGUGUGUAAAAGUGGAAUUUUGCGCCAUAAACAGCCAAAUAUGUACUGGAUAGACUCUCAGCAGAGACGGUAUGUACCAGCCAAAGGUGAAAGUGUAAUUGGCAUUGUGACUGCAAAGUCUGGAGAUAUCUUCAAAGUGGACGUGGGAGGAAGUGAACAGGCAUCUCUUUCAUACCUUGCAUUUGAGGGAGCAACCAAGAGGAACAGACCUAAUGUGCAGGUUGGAGAUCUGGUGUACGGCCAGUUCACAAUUGCAAACAAAGAUAUGGAGCCCGAGCUGGUCUGUAUAGACAGCUGUGGCAGGGCCAACGGGAUGGGGGUGUUUGGAGGGGACGGGCUGCUCUUUAAACUAUCACUGGGACUCGUGCGCAGACUUCUGGCUCCUCAGAGUGAAAUAGUGAAGGACCUGGAGAAGAUAUUCCCCUUUGAGCUGGUUGUUGGGAUGAAUGGCAGAGUGUGGGUGAAAUCAAAGACUGUUCAGCAGACGCUGAUCAUGACCAAUCUUCUGGAGUCAUGUGAGAACAUGACCUCACAACAGAGACAGACACUAUUUAAGAGAGUGGCAGAAGGCUCCCUCUAGAGGACAUCUGAAAAACCACUUUCCCCACAAUACAACUGGUGGUGGACAUGCCAAAAGUGGCCAUCAUCAGUUUUCAGAUGUUUAAAGCCUCUGGAAAAGGUUCAAAAAUAACAGAGCUUAAAAUGGACAUCACUUCCUCUGUAUUCCCAGUUUUGGAGACAGAAUAAGGAAAAGAAGAAGAGAUGUCACCAUUCCUCUUUAAAGAAAUCAAUACCUUUGCCUUUAUUUCUAAAAAAGACAUUUGUAUGAGUAAAAAUGAAUAAAAUACUGGUGAAACAGCAGAUGUAAACUGUGAUUUUUGUUUUAGCGGUUAUUUUAAUAACUACUAUGUUCACUGUGUUGUUCUUGUCCAGAAGGGGGCACUUUCUCUACAGUUUCUUUAGCCAACUUGUUGUUUUAAGAGUUCCUGCUUUACUGGUAGUUGCAGGAAAUUAUCCAAGAUAUUUUGGAUAAGAGAAAUCCAAUGACCGUAACCAGCGGCAUUUUAUAUCCAGUUAUUGAGAAAUACUUUGUCUCUUUUAUUUACAGGCAUGUUGAACAUUAAUCAUUGCUCAAGCCCACUGUGUCAAUAAUAAAUCAGAUAGUUGUAAAGUUGUUUAUUGUGUCAAGAUUAACAACAGAAAUAUAUAAAAGAGACCAGUCCACAAAGCCUUGUACCCCACCUGUUCUCUGAAACUUUUAUAUAAAU